AUGCACGAUAAAGCAGGCUUAAGUAAACCACCUGAACCAGGCACUUGCUGUUUUCGAAUCAAACCAGCAGGCAAUGGCCAUGAAGCCCCAGAAUAUAUCUAUAAUCUACUAUUUCAACACUCAAAACCCGUAAAACCAGAAAAGUUAGCAUCGACAAUGUUCAAAAAAGACCCCCCUCCAUUACCAGACGCAGUUCCUAAGGCAUCGCAUAAAACAAUGGGAUUACCGGGAAGUUUUUGUUUGAAUAAUAAUAAAGAUAAACACCUUCAGAAACAACCAUUUAUCCUGAAGCAUUCCAAGAAACUUUAUGUUGAUCAAGACUGUGUUAAAAUGCAGAUAAAGGCAACAGCAAAAGCAUUUGAAGAACUGAAACUAAGCCAGCCAGAAGGAAGAAUUAAGGAUGCCUGUUGUGCUGGAUUGAAACCACGACUUCCGGUUACUCAGAAAUACUCUCAACGUGUAGAAUGUUUGGAGGUUCCCAACAGAACUAAUUGGAUUGAACGAAAUGCCAUCAGUAAUAUAACAAGAAAACCUGGCGAAAGGGUUUCAGAUCAAGGAAGGAAGGUAUUCGUGGAUAGGAACAAAGGCGAUAAACAAGCCAUUGUUUCUACUAAAACUCACUCUGGAUUAGAAAAGCGGUUCGUUUAUAAGCCGACUUAUGGGAAAGUACCCGAAUAUCUGAAACGAAGGAAGGAGAUUUUGAAGGCUUCAAGAGAACAGUAUUCUCAUUAUUUCAACGAAAAGGCUCUACAAAAUGCGGAAUACAUGUUAACAGAGGCCGAACGAGAUGAACUCUUGAAAGACCUCAAGAAUGCCUGGGAUAGUUAUAAUGCCAAAUUCUUGUUAUUCAAAGGUGAUGAAUGCAGUGGGAAGAAAAAAGCUUGCAAGGAGUAUCUUGAGAAUCAAUUGAAAAGUUUGGAGGGGGAUAUUAAAAUGAUUAAGUCCCAUCAAUACAUAUUCGUCGAAGCGGAUAAAACUCCUGGAAUUGAUGCUUCUGCUGUUGUUGCAGCCAAUGAAAUUCCUAUUGAAAAUAAUUAA